AGUAGAAGGUUUUGAGAUUUGUUGUGUCGCCGAAAGUACUUUAAUAGUGUUCAGAGUUUAAGUUUAACUCGGUUAAAGACCGGUUACACACAGUGUCCAAACUGAAUCAGGUGUGAAAGCUGCCUUUGAAGUCUAAGGACCAGCAGAGGAGGCCAUGAAUCGAGUCCCCCUGCAGCAGCCGCAGAGCUGUGGGUCCUGGGAGCUGAAGGAGCGGCUCGGCACUGGAGGCUUUGGGAAUGUCACGCGAUGGCAAAACAAGGACACAGAGGAACAGAUCGCUAUAAAGCAGUGUCGUCAGGAGCUGAGUGAGAGAAACAAGGAGAGAUGGUGUCUGGAGAUCCAGAUCAUGAAGAGGUUGGAUCAUGUUAACGUUGUCGCAGCCAGAGAGGUUCCUGAAGGAAUGCAGAAAAUGGUGGCCAACAAUGAACUGCCUUUGCUGGCCAUGGAGUACUGUCAGGGAGGAGAUCUGAGGAAGUAUCUGACCCUCUUGGAGAACUGCUGUGGACUGAGGGAGGGCUCUGUUUUGAUUCUGUUACGAGACAUUUCGUCUGCUCUAACCUACCUCCAUAGGAAGAGGAUCAUCCACAGAGAUUUGAAGCCAGAGAACAUUGUGCUGCAGCAGGGAGAGAAGAGAUUGAUCCACAAGAUCAUUGAUCUGGGCUAUGCUAAAGAGCUGGAUCAGAGCAGUCUUUGCACCUCAUUUGUGGGAACCCUUCAGUACUUGGCUCCAGAGCUCAUUGAGAGAAAGAGGUACACGGUCACUGUGGACUACUGGAGCUUCGGGACUUUGGUGUUUGAGUGCAUCACAGGAUUUCGCCCUUUCUUACCGACCUGGCAGCCUGUUCCUUGGCACAACAAACUGAGGCUGAAGCAGGACAACGAUAUUGUCGUCUAUGAGGACCUCUCAGGUGAAGUCCGCUACUCUAAACAUCUGCCUCAGCCCAACAACCUCAACAGUCUGUUAUUAGGGAGACUGGAGAGGUGGCUGCAGCUGAUGUUAAAGUGGUGUCCUCAGGAGAGAGGCAAAGACAAGGACGCUACGCCCAUGGACUGCUUCUCCCAGCUGGAGGUUAUACUGCAGCUCAAGCUGGUUCAUGUCCUGAACAUGAUUUCUGCUAAAAUCCUGACGUACUCCGUCUCCGAUGAAGAGACCGUGGCAGACCUGCAGCUGAGGAUAGAAAAAGACACCAACAUCCCUGCAGCCAAUCAGGAGCUGCUGCUGGAGGCGGGGCUGGCCUUGGAGCCUCAUGGACUGGCCACGCAGUGCGCCAUAGAUUACACAGAGAUCGAUGGCCGACGGACGGACCUGCCUCUGGUCUACCUGUUUGAUCGUUCUUCUUGCAGUUAUGAACCUCAGUUUGCUCCUCGCACCCUUCCAGAAAACAUCCGCUUUGUCCAAACCGACCCGAAACACGUUCUGAAUUACAGCCCUCUGAGGAGGACCUGCGGCCAGGCGUGGCACACCAUCCGCUCCCUGAAGGAAGACUGGCAAAGACUGCAGCAGGGGCAGAAAGCUGCCAUCAUGAGCCUGCUGAGACACAACUCUUCACUGUCCAAGCAGAAGAACGAGAUGGUGUCCAUGCACCAGAGACUCAUGGCCAAGCUGGACUUCUUCACCACCAGCCUUCACAUAGACAUGGACAAAUACCAGGAGCAGACAGCCACCGGGAUCGCAUCAGAGAAACUCCUGGGUGUGUGGAGGGAGAUGGAGCAGACUGCUGUCAGCUGUGGUCAGGCCAAGGUGACUGAACUGGAGGAGGAGAUGAUGCAGCUGCAGCCAGACAUCGUGGAUGUGCAGAGACAACCGUGGAGGAGUGGAGAGGCUCUGGAUACACAAGAAGGAAAGGCCAUGGAGCUGUUCCGCAAACUCAGAGAGAAACCCAGAGACCAGAGGUGCCCGGGGGACAGUCAGGAGGUGGUGCGCCUGGUGCUUCAGGCUGUACAGUUCUAUGAGAGGAAGCUCAGAGACUUCUACACACACCUCAGUAAGACAGCAGUGUGCCGUCAGCGUGUGAUGGAGCUACUGCCGAAGGUGGAGGGUGUGGUCCAGAGGAUGGCUGAGAGCGAGCAAGUCCUCAUGAGUCUGCAGGAGAAACGACAGAGAGAGUUGUGGAACCUGCUCAAAGUGGCCUGUAGUAAAGUCCGCAGCCCGGUUAGUGGGAGUCCUGAUGGAUUACGAACCCCCUCUUCAGUGCCGCCUCUGCUGACCCCCAGACAUAGCUUACAGCAGCUUGACGAGUCUCUUGUGGAGGAGAGCAGGACGUUCGAGAGUCGACUUCAGAGUUUGCUGCAUGACACCAUCCAGGAAUCAGAGAGCAGUAUGGAGGUGUUGAGGGAGUGGACGUGGCUGCAAGGAGGACAGAAUUUCUCCAGCGACCUCUCCUAAAUUGGGUUUCAUCUUUUGCUUACAUGUGGUGCGCUACUGCCUCUGUGUGGACGGGAUGUCAAACAACAUGAGCAUGUGGUAGCAUCUGGUCUGUUUUACAAUGUGAAUGGAGUAAUAGGUGCUGGCACAUAUUUGCUUAAGGAGAUUAAGGAGAAGGUAAACCUACUCACAACUUUUGUCCAAUGUUGUAAAAGGAAAUGUAAUGCCAGGCUGGAGUGCACUGAAGCACUGAUUAAUCUGAGAAAGAUCAGGUGAAUUUAUUAAAGCAGGAUCUUAUUUAUUUACCCAUUUGUCAUUAAAAAAAAAUGAUUUCGGGUAAAAUUGCACAGAUGAACCAUUUAAUUGGUAUUAUGGAUCAAAUGAGAACCUUUUAGUCUUAUUACAGCUGUAUACAGUAUAGUACAUUCCUGCAGUGUUACGAUGUGUGGAGAGGCUUUCACAAUGUACAAAGCCUGAAAUGAAUUGUCCUUUAAAAAAGCUGACAUGAAGAGAAAACUUUAUCCUAGAUUUAAAAGUGACAGGAAUUCUAAAUGUAAAUAAUGUUCUACCAAACUGACAGACUAUUAACAAUUUGUCUUUUUUAAUCAGGAAACUACAGAUUUUAAGGUUUAUGUACAUUUAUCCCAAGCAAAGCAACAAAAGUUUGUAAAAAUACAAACUUAACUCUGCCUUAAACUGUGUCUUGUGUACCAAUUGUAAAUGCCUAUCAGUUUUUAUGUUUCCUACUAGACCAUUAAGUGUCAUUGUACAUUUAUUUUAGUAAGACAAUCAUUGAACAACUUGGGUGACAUUUUUAACAGUAAAAGGACUGAGUGUAUGCUGAAUGAUUGUAUGAAUGUCAUUAUUUUAAAAGUAUAUUGAAGGUGGACACAAUAAUGGGAACACCUGUACAAGUGUUGUGAAGCUUGUUAUGUUGAGUUCAUGCUGAGCCUGUGUCAGAGAGGUUGGGUUUGUGGCCUUAAUCAAGAACAACACAAGCAUAUCCUGUUAUUCUCUUGGCUUGUUCCAAUAAGGUAAUUAAAAAUAGGUGAUUUAUGGUUUUUAAUCAUUUCUUUGUUUUGACUAAACCACUGGAGUCUGGUGUGUUUGGUGAGAAAACAGAACAGCAUCAGUUCCUCCGGCCUAAACCUAACCAGGACUGUCUGACAGCAAGGUAAAGCAGUAAAAAUACUGUAAAUUUAAUGUAUGUGGCUAAAAUUUGUUUUGCUGCUGCCUCUGUCCAUGUUUGCUGUAAUUCCAACUAUUGGAGGUGUUUUUUUUUCUUUGUAUGGAUCCUACAAAGUGAUGAGAGCUGUUACAUAUUGUCAGUUGUCAGUGAUAUAUUUUCUAUAUCUGUACACUCUAUGCUGUUGAGAUUGUAAUCAAGUCAGAGUAACAAAAUGUUAGACAUUGUUUUCAUAAUUAUCAAAAACAAAAUUAAUUUUGUACGUUGAAUGUUUUUCUUAACUACAUUUCCAUUCCAAUAAUGCCAACCAAAAUAAAAAAAACACAUCCAUCCAGAUCAUAGAGCUUAACAUUCUUUAUUCCAUUAAUUCAAUAAAAUCAGUUCGAGGUCCUAACUGUUGACUAACUCCUAUACAAAGCACAGCACAGAUAAAGUGAAAUGUAGUGGUAAAGGUUGAACAGGUACAGGACACAAAACAAUACAAGACAAAGAGGUGACACAGAGUCUCAAAUUGCCGUCGGCCCUUUGACUAAACAGGACCUGAAAAAUAGACGUUUAGGCAACUGAAGGUUCACAGUUAAAAACUGCGUUACUGAGGUCAAACGGUGGAAUAAAGUCGGUGCACUCACUCUGAGAAAGGUUCAGCCGCUCUUUGUCUUUUCUGCUUAAUUCUCUUCAGCUUU